GAGCGUCUGGGUGGUCGCACGUGGUUGUGUUGCCUUAGUUUUAGCCGGCGCUGGUGGAGAAGUUAUUUGAACUGGUUUCCUGGAGCGAGUGAGCCCAGCCGAAACUAUGGAGGGCCAGAGUGUAGAGGAGCUGCUGGCAAAGGCGGAGCGGGACGAGGCAGAGAAGCUGCAGCGCAUCACGGUGCACAAAGAGCUGGAGCUGGAGUUCGACCUGGGUAACCUGCUGGCUUUGGACCGGAACCCCCCCACUGGGCUGCGCGGGGGACCCUCGCCGGAGGCCGAACUGCGGGCCUUGGCGCGGGACAACACGCAGCUGCUCAUCAACCAGCUGUGGCAGCUGCCCACGGAGCGCGUGGAGGAGGCGCUGGUGGCGCAGCUGCCGGAGCCCACCACUCGCCUGCCGCGCGAGAAGCCGGUGCCCCGGCCCCGGCCGCUUACACGAUGGCAGCAGUUCGCGCGCCUAAAGGGCAUCCGUCCCAAGAAGAAGACCAAUCUGGUGUGGGACGAGGUGAGCGGCCAGUGGCGGCGGCGCUGGGGCUACCAGCGCGCCCGCGACGAUACCAAGGAAUGGCUGAUCGAAGUGCCCGGCAGUGCGGACCCCUUGGAGGACCAGUUCGCCAAGCGGAUUCAAGCUAAGAAGGAACGGGUAGCCAAGAACGAGCUGAACCGGCUGCGUAACUUAGCCCGCGCUCACAAAACACAGCUGCCCAGCGCGGCUGGCAUGCACCCUACGGGACACCAGAGUACGAAAGAGCUGGGCCGCGCCUUGCAGGUAGCCAAGGUCUCCACCGCCUCAGUGGGGCGCUUCCAGGAGCGCCUGCCCAAGGAGAAGGCUCCCCGGGGCUCCGGCAAGAAGAGGAAGUUUCAGCCCCUCUUCGGGGACUUUGCAGCCGAGAAAAACAGCCAGUUGGAGAUGCUGCGACUCAUGAACAGCAAAAAGCCUCAGCUGGACGUGACGAGAGCCACCAAUAAGCAGAUGAGAGAGGAUGAACAGGAGGAGGCGGCCAAGAGAAGGAAAAUGAGCCAAAAGGGCAAGAGAAAGGGAGGCCGACAGGGUCCUGGAGGCAAGAGGAAAGGGGGUCCGCCCAGCCAAGGAGGGAAAAGAAAAGUGGGCUUGGGCGGCAAGAUGAAUUCCGGACCACCUCGCUUGGGUGGCAAUAGGAAAGGAGGGCUACACCAAGGAGGAAAGAGGAGGAAGUAAAUUUCACCCUCGGACCUGCCUGUAAACCAAGAACUACACUAAAUGUUAACUUCUAGGACCUGUAGGAAGAUGCAGAAUAAGGGGGCUGCCUUCAUUGAGCUUGAGGUUGAAGGGAUAGGAUUGCCCUCCCCUCAAGAUAGUCUAUGUAAAUGUUGGACUCUACAAAUUAAUGUUUUUCCCACAACCAAUACUUUGGCUGGAGAUGUAAAGGAUGUAGUUGACGACUUAAAAAUUAGAGAAAGAAUUUGGUAGAAACUAGGAAUAAAUUCUAUUUUUUAACUUUG